AUGGGAGCCUCCUUGCGUUCUCCCACUGGAUUGCCUCGGAAAAAACUCAAAAAAGUGCAAUGGUUCCCUGUACCGCUAAGUUACGGCAAUCCUGAAAUCACUGUUCGUCGACUAUGCAAGUUAUAUUGGGCUGGUAUCGAACGGGACCUCGACGAAAUUCUCCGAGCCCUCAAUAUGUGGGAAGAUGAUGCCACACCUCCCUCAGCUCGCGUGCAGCCAGAAGACUGGGUUGGCUUAGAAGCCUUUUGUCGAAGAGCUACUGGUGUGGCUUCGGACGGAUCUGUAGCGGCCGACAUUUUGGCCCAUCUAGACACCAGUGACUCAGAAGGACUUGCAGACAAGAAGAGGAUAGCGCAAAUGCUCCUCAGAGCAGCAGGUAUGCUUGAUAUAGACAAGAAGCACUGCGCAGCAAAGAAGAACGAGCUUGACGACAUUGGGAAUUUGCAAGGAGAUGAGAGCAGGGGAAUCGCUGACCAGUUCGUCAAGAUUGUAGGAAAGGUGACAAAGGUUGAGGCCGAGAUCCCAUAUGGAAACGUUCACAUGAGUCUCACGAUUGGGCCACUGAUGAUUGAGAACGGCGUCGAACAGUCCAAGCAAGGCGUGUUUUUCUCGGUCAGAGACCGACUCCAGCUUCAUCCAGUAGCCACACCUCAAAGUUCAUUGCAUAACUGCUUAGCUCUGAGUAAGGACAGGCACCUAUUUUCUGCUAGCGAGCAUCUCCCUAGAACUCGUCGGAUGAAAGCCUUCAUGAAACAGGUCGUAGGCAGCGCAUUUUGGGGCCUGACUGAGGAUGACCGUGUUCAAGAGGCCGAAAUCAUCGAAAUGGUAGCCGAUGCCAGCUCUCAAUACGUCGAAGGUAUUGACCGCAAUCAAGAGGACUUGAAGGGCAUCAGGAGACCCAUAUACGAAAAGCUUCAUGCUCUGCUUCAUUUGCGCGCCAAGGCCUACAUUGAAAGCAUCGUCGAUAGACUCUUUGAUGAAAAAACUCCCCUAAAGUGGCACCCCGGUAGUAAUAAUUGCCAGAAGUUUUGCGAUAAUCUCAUCAAUCGCAGUUUAUUUGGCAGCUUCAUGGUUUAUGCACGAGAUUGCAAGCAGGAGAAACACCCCCCCUCACAGAUCUUGUACCUGUUAAGUUUCGUGUGCCGAAAGGGCUGCCAUGACGGAUUCCCCAAGAAAGUCAUUCCACUUUCGAGAGAAACAGCGUCAAAUGGCCACACGGAAGAAUUCCUUCUUCGCUACCGUCAAUUUGACCAUCAUAACGACACAGAUAUCAUCGAUAGUCUGGUUGAGUAUUGGACCGACUGGGGAGGUUUUCGGGAGCCCAUAUUUCGAUAUCAAGGCCUAUUUCCAUGGGACUGCACCGAGGCACGGACUCAAGAAGAGGAAGAUCUACAGCCUCAAGUGAAAUGCGGAGAAUGUCGAUUGACAAAACACCUGUGGGCAUUUCCGUUUGACGCGUGGUCUGUCGCUCAGCUCCAUAUGUUUAGGGAGCGACAGUUCUAUACGCCCUCGUACAACGAUUCCAGCCAGAGCAGUUCUCAGAUCGGUUACGACGAGUGGAUGGACAAUAGAUUGAGCGUACUAGAGGCGCUCGAGGUGCUAGGCUGCAUAGCCGUCGCGAUGCAUCGGUCAGACCUAUUCCGUUCAAGCUGCCAAUGGAACUUUAAGGCCCACGGUGUGGUCUUCUUCAACACGGCAAGGUCCUGGGGAUUAUUCCAUAAAAACAAGCGCAGGUCAAAACUGAAGAAGCUGAAGAGGCAUGGACACGGCAAUCUUGUCCCUCGUGCCGGCAGCAACUUGAUGGAACAUGAUCGAGUCAAGCUCGCUGGCAUUCAUCGGGCCCAGCCCUUCAGCCAUUCCUACGAGCACGUCAAGGGUCACGACUGCACCCUGGCUGACUGGGCCGAUGCAGCCCACGAUUGCCAAGUAGAAGCUUACAAAGCUCUUCGUGACAGUCGAUCCGUUGGCGUGGAUAAAAUCAUCGCGAACGCAAGGUUCUCGUCGUCCGCCGUACAGGCUAACGUUGGUCCAAAAGCUUUGGGCACUGAAGGAGCUUUUCCCUCCACAGAUGGGGCAUUCGUUGCUGAAGGGCUGGAUGGGUUUGGCGCAUCAGUGGACUUUACAUCAGGGAGUUUGUGUGACUGUAUGUGUGAUUUUACGGGGUUGACCGGUUUUGAACAAGCCCAAGACCUGGGGGGGUGGGAUUUUAGUGAUGGUGGUGAUGGAUUCUCUCAUGACUGCGACGGGGGAGGAGUUGAUGGAGGAUGGGGAGGUUUAGACGCGGGUAUGGACGGAGGUGGAGGAGGAGGAGGUGGCGUUGAUGGCGGUGGCGGCAUGUGA